CUCCUGUUUCCGGUUCUUCUCAGUAGCAGAUACUCGUAAGUUUUCGGCAUUUUCCGGGGAAACUCGGGCGCUUUCGCGCCUGGCUGACUCGAGCCGAUCGCCCGAUCGCCUGCUGCAGAGGCGCAGGGUCUCGGGGUAGUCAUGGCGUCCCCAUCUCGGAGGCUGCAGACUAAGCCGGUCAUUACUUGUUUCAAAAGCGUUCUCUUGAUCUACACUUUCAUCUUUUGGAUCACUGGUGUUAUCCUUCUUGCCGUUGGCAUUUGGGGCAAGGUGGGCCUGGAAAAUUAUUUUUCCCUCUUAAAUGAGAAGGCCACCAAUGUGCCUUUCGUGCUCAUUGGCACAGGCACUGUCAUUAUUCUCUUGGGCACCUUUGGUUGUUUUGCUACCUGUCGAGCCUCUGCCUGGAUGCUGAAACUGUAUGCGAUGUUUCUGACACUCAUUUUUUUGGUCGAACUAGUCGCUGCCAUUGUAGGAUUUGUUUUCAGACAUGAGAUUAAGAACAGCUUUAAAAGUAACUAUGAAAACGCUCUGAAGGAGUACAACUCCACAAGAGACUAUAGAAGUGAAGCUGUAGACAAGAUCCAAAGUACGUUGCAUUGUUGCGGUGUCACCAAUUACAGAGAUUGGAAAGGUACAAACUAUUACUCCGAAACAGGAUUUCCCAAGAGCUGCUGUAAACUGGAGGGCUGUUCUCCACAAAGAGAUGCAGAUAAAGUCAACGAAGAGGGUUGUUUCAUAAAGGUAAUGACAACUAUUGAGUCAGAAAUGGGAGUCGUUGCUGGAAUUUCUUUUGGAGUUGCUUGCUUUCAGCUAAUUGGAAUCUUUCUCGCCUACUGCCUCUCUCGUGCCAUAACAAAUAAUCAGUAUGAGAUAGUAUAAUCAGUAUACACACGGGCUUAUAUCUCCUCAAUUUUAAGGUUACCUUUGUGAGUUAUAACAGCGCCUGGAUGGAGACUGACAUCUUCUUAGCCUGAAAAGCUACACCAGUAGGCUGAUUCAAUCAAGAUAUUUGUGUAUUGUGUUCUAUGUCCACUUUCUGUCCUAUUCUUACACCCCUGUUUCUCUGAAACACUGGAAGAGCUAGUAAAUUGUAAAUGAAGUAAUACUGUCUUUCCCUUUGAUUUUAUUUCUCAGUGUGGGAAUUGUGAGAAGUGCUGUGAAUUUGUUAUGUUCCUUAACAGUGUCACUGAUUUAACUUUAACCCCUACGAUUUGUUGUUGAUGUAGUGUGAUAGAAAAUUGGCCUCCUUGAGGAGGCCUCAUAACAGUCUGGCUUUGUUAUAUAAUCUUCUCCCAAAAGAAACAUGUUCCCUUAGACUCUGCUGAUAGGCAGAGUUGCAUUGUAUAAUUUCAUUGACAUUCAUCAUUAGCAUUCCUGAGUGGUGGUACCAGUCUCAGGCUUUGGGUACAAAGGACGGAGACUAACAGCCACUACCCAUAUUUUGUGAUCCAUCAGCUUUUGGCACACAAUGUAUGUAUUUUUGUUUCCAAGCUAAGACAUUUAUACUGAUUAUACUUUGUUAUUUGAAAGGUUAUAAUUACUUUAAUGGCAUCAGAAGUCUUGUAUUUUCCUUAUGAAUUUACUGGAACUUACUUGAUUAACUUUAGCUAGAUUUUCAUCACCAGGCAAAUAAUACUUCAUAUCAACUGUCAACAUUUUGGUUAAUUUUAAUGGCAUUCGUUUUGCUUUGUAUCCUUGAUCCAUAAAUAUAAAUCCUGUACACAAUAAAUACUGCAUUUCCUCUAAAA